GAUAAUCUCCUAAUUGGAUGAAAUAAUUACCGUUAUAUUGUCAAAUGUGAUGAUAAUAGAUGACUCUUAGUGACAAUGGUUUAUUGUGCUGCCUAUGGUUGUUCAAACACUCAGAAAAAGAGGAGCGGACUUAGUUUUUUUUUAGCUUUCCAAGUGAUGCUGCACGGAGAAAAGUGUGGUCAUUUUACCGUCGGCGGAAAGGCUUCGUACCAACAAAUAACAGUAGAUUGUGCUCUAAACAUUUCACUAGGUGCCAGUUAGAAAGGGAUCCAGAUAGAAUGUUGGUAAAUGGGUAUUCGAAUGCCAGGAUUCGGCUUCGCAGCGACGCUGUUCCAGAUGUACCUCUCCUAAUCAAGCCCCAGGAUGAGAACGCCGCCAUUGUUAUCCCGUCUAAGAAGCCCCGGGGAGCUUUUGUUAAACGACAGCGGGCUGAUAUUCCCUGCCUAAAUGUCCUACAAGAAUUAGAGCCACGAAACGUUGAGGACACAUCAACCCAGCACUGCCCCCCAGAUCCACAACCAUUACCAGAGACUGCUUCCGAUCCCGGAGCUGAGACCACAGUCCCAGAGAAGGAAAUAUCCACUAUCAACACCCAUAAUGGUUCCCCAGAGAAUUAG